AUGGUCCUCAAGGAUAUCCUACAGAGUAUUGCAAAAGCACGAGAGGCUGGCGAGUUCACCGACUUUGCCUUCGUUUGCGAAGGGCAGACCAUUUCGGUCCACAAGAUUAUCAUUUGUACUCAGUCUCCUGUCUUUCGUGCAGCCUGUGCUGGAUCGUUCAAGGAAGCAUCAUCCCAAACAUACAACAUGGAUGCAAAUUCCCUCUCCACGGUGCAGCGAAUGGUAGACUACUUCUACACAGGUGACUAUGCGGAGGAGUCCAAGGAUGGAAACAGCGAUGAUGAUACGAAUCGCCUCUCUUGUUUAUCGAUUCAUGCUGCAAUGUUCGCCUUGGCACAUGAAUAUGACAUCAAUGGGCUUGAAGCAUUAUCAGCGAAAAAGUACUCGAGAAUCUUAAGGCAAAACCAGGACGUUUAUAGCUUUUUCUCAUCGAUUCCUGAUAUUUAUAACCUAACGCCGAGCUCCUCGAGGGGUCUUCGGGAUCAGGUUCUGAGCUUUGCGCGAGGGAAACUGCCAAAGCUUCUGACUGACUCCACGACGAAGGAAGCUUUCGAUCAGCUAACUGAUGAAAACCCUGAGUUCACCAGGGAACUUCUGGACACAUUCUUGCAAAAUUCAUCAAUGGGCAUAUGUUACAACUGUAGUGAUAACUUGGUACCUGUGGAGGUCCUUCAAUGCCGAUGCAAGCAGUGUGGAAAAGGUGGAGCCAAGCAUGUAGCAUAG